AUGCAUGUACUCGUCCUGCCAUGUAUCUAUAAGUAGUUAGCAGCCAACCAAAGCAACUCACAAGUAGUGCCAAAACCUCAUACACAGUUUUCCGGUAUACAGAAAUAUUGAAAGAGAGAGCUUGGCUCGCUAGCGAUCAUCGAUGGCGUCUUUGCCAAAGUAUGUGGUGCUCAAAAAGCAAGACACGAACUCUACACCUGCUUACCUCCAUUUCAUCUGGAACAACAUCGACUUCGCGAACUACUACCAGAGCAUGGGCUGUCCCCGUGAACUCGACGUGGUGAGCCCAUUCGUGAAGCUGGAGGUCGUCCCUUCAACCUCCAACCCAGGCAAAAUCCACCUCCUCUGCUCCUACAACAACAAGUACCUGGAGGUGGUGCGCCACAGAAACGACACCAAUGUCCUCUAUGUCUCCGCCACGGCCGACCGCCCCGUCGAAGACCUGAACCUCUCCACUUCCACGCUGUUCACCACCAAGAUGAACCUUCCUAAAGGUGGAGUGUCCUUCUACCACGACGCCAGCCGAGCGCACGUUGAGAUCGACUCAACCACGGGCGUCGCCAUUGUGAGCUCCCCGACAAUGAUGCAAGUGUUUGACUACUUCCCCUGGGAGUCUUACCCGGAGAAGGUGGGCCCCAAGAACGAGGAGAUCAAGAGGCUUGGUGACGCGCUGGCGCAGUUCACGGAGAGUGGUGAUGGCGGCGAGAGCAUUAGCCCGGCCGUGUUGAUUCGUGAGCUGAGGCAGGUGAUUGCCGAGCAGGACAGGCAGUUGGAGGAGUUGUACGACCAGAUUGGUGGCGGUGGUCGGAAGGCGGUGGUGAAACCCGCCGUGGCUGCCGGCUCCGCCAACUGAUGAUCGAGGUUAUCAAUAUCCUCGUUUGGGCGCACAACUUAGCCAGCUGGUUACUAGCUAGCUAGUACUUUGUUUUUCCUUCUUCUUCUUGCAUGUCAAUUAAGUGUCAAAAUAAUAAUGUGGGGGGAACGAUCGAGCAGGAUCCGUGGCCUUGGAGCUAGCUAGUAGCUAGUUACCCCAUGAAUAAUUGUUGAGUUUUCAAGGUCGUAAUUAAUUAGUCAGUAAAUUUCAGUGUCGUUUCAAAAAAUUUACGGUGAUAAUUCAUUGAAAGGGAAAUAUGAGAAAGAUGUUACGUAGGGUUAUACAUAAAUAUGAAUAGUGGCGAAGUAAAAAUUUAGAAUGAGAUUAUAAAAUAGGAAAUUAUUCAAGAUUGAUAAACAUAGAUUCUUAUGAUCCCAUAAGUACCGAAAGCAUUGAAUCUACUAGUCUUGUUAGAAGAUCAAGAUUCACCUUCUAGAGAAAUGGAAUUGGAUGCUGGUGAGCUAGAUCGAACACUAGAAGAGCAAGGUUUGUGUGUGAAAUGUGAAUUUAGUUGUUUUUUAUAGGUAUGUAAUAAUUUAUAAAGAUUCUUACUUUUUGAUUUCAUAUUGUAGUUGGUGCAUCAAAUGAUGAAGAAGAUGAACCCGGCGAGCAGGACAAUGUGAAUUUCUCAAGUUGUGGUUUCUAGUUUGGUUGUUAUGAACUAUUCAAUUUUCAUAUGUUAACUUUGUUUGGUAGUUGCGGAGUUCUUUUUAAAAGUGCAAUUGGAUGAUGUGGUUGAUUUAAUGCUGUAAUUUGAUACUUUGUUGUUGACUAGUUUAUUAUUUGAAGAAUUUUUAAUUAAUUAUUUGCCUAUUUUUUAUCAUAUAUGAUUACGGUACAAUGUCGGUAAUACUUAGGUACGGUAGACUAUUUUUUGCUGGUACGUUAUUUUUAAAAAAUAUUACUUUUUAUAUUAAAAACAGCAUUUUACC